GCCUGCCUACCGUCUACUCGCGGAAAAGGGCGUCUGGCCUGGCUGCUGCUGCUGCUGCUCUGCUGCUUUUUUGCGGUCUGCGUCUUAUCGAUUGUUCGCAGAGAGAGAGAGAGAGAGAGAGAACGAGAAAGAGAGAGAUAGACGUACUGAGCGGCAAGACAUGACUUAUUGCUCUCGCAGCGUAGUGUGCAGUGCGAAAUGAGUUGAGUUUACGAGAAAAAUCCAAGUGCCCAGCAAGCCAGACAGCCGAAGAGAGAGGUGAAUAUUCAACCUAAUGGCUUAAAACGAAUAGUUGUUUGUGGGAACAGUAUGAAGUUUAUCUUAGUCAUCCUGGUAGUCUGCAGUGCAGGCUUGGUGGCUGCUGACAAGAUAUGCGCUGUCAGGAAUAGAGAUAUCCAAAGUCAGUCCAAUGCUGAUGCUGAUGGCAUUGAAGAUUCUUUCAACAUCAAUAAUCACAAUCAGACUAACAAUGAUGUCAAAUUCGAGAAGUGUAACGAUUAUUGCUAUGCCUUCUGGAGAGAAGAGAACACGUCAAAUGGAACUAUAAUUAAUAUUUUUUCUCAAGGAUGCUGGAAUCAAGGUGGUCAUGAUUGUGAGAAUCCAGAAUGCAUAGGUAAUCGUUGGACUAAAGCUUUGACUAAUGGCAAGUUUUGCUGUUGCAAAGGAGAUUAUUGCAAUGUUAAUGUUACCGAUCCCUAUGAGAAUAAAUUACUAUUAACCAGUCCAGCAAGUAAGAGUAAUUUAAGUGUGAUUGUUACAGCGACAGAAUACCUAGAACAGCCAGAUUCUGAACAUUUAAUGCUCAUAAUAGUAACUACCUUAGCAUGCAUUCUACUAAUUACACUGACGGUAGGAGUUUUAAUCUACAUUAUGUACAAGAAUAAUCUUAUGAUGAGACUGGGCAAAUCUUUGCCCUAUGAUGACAACUACAAUGAGGGUAAUGGGCUUAAAACUGGUACUUACACUUUUGAUCAUUUGAAACUUUCAACAAUCGUCGGGGAAGGAAGAUAUGGUUCAGUAUGGCAAGGUAGCAUGGGUGAUCAAGAGGUAGCUGUGAAAAUUUUCCCAGGUCAUUAUCAGAGUUAUUUUAUGAACGAACGAGACAUCUACAGGUUGCCUUUUAUGGAACAUUCAUCACUACUACAUUAUUACGGAUCUGACGAAAGAGUAAGUAUGGACGGCAAUACGGAAUAUCUCUUAGUAUUCUCCUACGCGCCAGGUGGUACGUUAACAGAUUUUCUACGCUACCACACAUUCGAUUGGAUGGCUUUCUCUAAAAUGGGGUUAUCGAUAGUCAAAGGGCUUGCUUACUUACACACGGAUUACCGCAAAGGAGAUAAAUUUAAGCCUUGUGUGGCUCACAGAGAUAUGAAUUCGAGUAACAUUUUAAUCAAGGCUGACGGUACCUGCUGUAUUUGCGAUCUUGGACUCGCGGUACAAAUUUCAGGAUCUAAGUAUUUUUCCAACGGAGAGGAGCAGCAUGCCGAAACUAAAUCGAUCAACGAUGUUGGUACUUUGUUGUACAUGGCGCCAGAAGUACUCGAAGGUGCGGUAAAUCUACGUGAUUGCGAGAGCUCGUUAAAACAAAUCGAUGUAUACGCGAUGGGUUUGAUACUUUGGGAGUUGGUGUCCCAAUGUAGCGAUAUCUAUGUUCCUGGUAGUGAAGUGCCGCCUUACAGACUUCCUUUCGAGAAAGAAAUUGGUCUCUAUCCGACGUUCGAGCAAAUGCAAGUACUAGUAUCCCGUAACAAAGCACGUCCCAUGCUCGAAGGUAACGUUGCCGAUAAGCCGGGUGUACGCUUGAUUAGGGAAACUAUGGAAGAUUGCUGGGAUUCUGAUGCGGAAGCUCGCCUCACUGCGUUAUGUAUUGAGGAACGAUUGAUGGAACUUCAAUCUCAUCAAAUAACGAUGUAUUUCACGGACGGAAGUCCAAUGAUAAAUUCCCAUUGUGGACUUGUGCCUUCGACAACAAAUAGCCUUUACAACGACGCGCCUCAUCAUGACGUCGCUCACCAUCAUCACGUUGUGCAGAUGGAGAGCAAGGACGUGACCGUCGACAAUUUAGUAACUUUAUCCCCAGCGGAAAGCAGCUCACAUGAGCAUAGCGCAAAAAAUUCAAACGAGAUAGCAUCGAGCGUCCAGCAGCAGCAACUUUUGCAGCCAUAUCAGGGCAGGAACCCGUGCUUGGAACGCAACUUGAUGUUACAGUCGGAUUCAUGUGAAGAACUCGACUGCCGCGGUAAUGUCCUUGUUAACAAGUCGUCCAAACAUUGCACCAGCACCGAUAGUCAAAGUCUCGUGCCUCACGAUAUUCUUGGCCAUCAUCAGCAACUCAUUCACGCUCAACAACAGCAGCAACAAUUGUCGUUGAGGCCUGUUACGCCUAUUCCUUAUGUUCAGAAUGUCAUCUCAGAAUGCAGCAGUGGUAGCACAUCGUACAAUAAGCUCAAACAAACUAACGUCCAGGAAUCGUGUUAUACAGCACCGAUAAUCAGCGACAGUCCUCGGAAGCGUCGUUUUUCCGGCUGGUCAAAUCUAAAGAAAAUCCUCGCUAGUAAAAAGAUGGCGCACCAUCAACCGGCCUACACGAGAUGUCAUAUUGAGCGUGAGGAUUCGAAAUCGAACCUACUCGCUAGCAAAAACCAACCACAACAGCCGCGUAUCGUUGAGAAAGCUGACAAUAAUGAGCGUCCAUCCACUUUGCCACUGGUGCAACUUCGGAAAAAAUCAAGUUUAGAGAGCCUAAAUGAAGUGGUUAGCAGCAACUCUAAUGUACAUCCAAAAGAUUCGAGUUCGCGAACAAAGACUGCGAGUGAUUUGUCAUCGUCAACUCAUAAGAUCCGUCGAGGGGGACAAGCUGCCAGAUUUUCGUUGUACGAUGAUCGUAUAAUGUGCAACAUUCUAACGGAAACAGACGAUGAUACCGCGAAGGAAAGUGGUGUGUCGUCUAGUUCUGUGCCUGAUUUCGGUGAUGAACAGCAGCUUCAUGUCGCCAAGGACUUUAAGGACGUCACUUGCUUCUAAUCAAAGCGCUCUGUACAGUUGUGAGACAGGUUUUUCUUUUUGUGCAUACGUUUUGCAAUGCAGGGAUGGAUUACCUGUGAUUUGAAUUAGGAAGACAUUUCUCUUUUUUUAUUUUUGGUACGCGAUAUUUUCUUUUAUCGUUGACUUCUGCUCGGAUGCGUGUUUUUACAACGUGACUGGUAAUUGUUAUUCAUUCAUUGCAUCUGCCAUCAUUUAAUUUGUUCAUUUAAUUAAAAUUCAUGUACUAUAGAAUCUUCCUUUAUUUAUAAAUUUGUAUAUUUUUACUUGCAAUGUACAUGUUUCGAGGCAUGUACUAAAAUUAAUAUUUUUACUAAUAUAAUAUUAUUGCAAAUAUGAUCAAUCUUUUUUAAAGUCAACGAAUAAGUUUUUUAUGCAUAAUACGUUCUAAUGCUCAAAGUGCAAAAAGUUUAAUUGAGCGAAUAUAUAUUAGGGUAGUAAAAAUGUAAAAGCGAGCAGAAGUAUUAAUAUUUGUCUUGAUUGAUUGUUUCUUUUUCUAGUCUACUGAUUUGACAAUUGCAAUUAGAGUGUUAAUCUCUAUACAGACAAUAUUUUGAAGGAGAGGUUAAAUUAAAAUUUAACUGCUAUUCAACGAAACUUUAAUGUAAACUUUAGGGUACUUAAUAUGCCGAUACGUUGAAAAUUCGACGAAACGUAGAUUUUUCUAAGGAGCAACAAACAAUCGUUCGAAAUCACAGGUACAUAGCGUUAAGUAAUUUUACGUAUUAAUUUUCAGCAUGUCAAGAUGUGAAAAAAAAACAAUACAUGUUUUUUGCUUGUGGAGAGAAAAAAAUAACUUUAUACUUCUGCGAUAACUCUAAUUCAUAAUAUACGCGAAGCCUUUAUUGUCGCAUGUUCACGGACUAUCGCUAUAGUGGAAAAAAAUAAUGUAGUAAGGCGAUAAUGACUUUAUUUAUAUAUUGGUGGCAAUUGAAUUUAUAGAGAAAUUCUAAUUUUAUAAAGUUAUUACUGAUUUUUUUUAAUUUUUUUAUUCUAGUUGAAUUAAUUUAUGUAAAGAAAAUGACUUCUUUUUCUUAAGUUGACUGUUUAGAAAUCUAGCAAUGCAAAACUCGAGACACAAAGUGCAAUGACACGGUUAAAAAAAAUUAUGUACUCAAAGCGUAUGCGCGAUCGCAAUCCGUUAAAAAAGCAACGACGCUGUGUGAUCGAUUUAUUAUUAUUAUUAUUAUUAAUAUUAUUAAUAUUAUUAUUAUUAUUAUUAUUAUUAUUAUUAUUAUUAUUAUUAUUAUUAUUAUUAUGAUUAUUAUUAUUAAUAUACUAGCGUGAAUUUAAAAGUGACUGGUCGAAACGUUUUAGGAUCUCUUUCUCCAAAGAAGCCAAGCUUCGUAAGGACUUUUAAGCAUUAUAUCAUUGUUUUGUUACUAAAUAGUCGAUAAGGAAGCGAAAAACAGAUAGUGAACAAAAAUUAGUUGACAAAAGAUAAAGUGAGUAGUUGUGGUCAUUAUGUUUUUAGUAGAUCCUAUAGAAAACAAAAAUCAAGCCCUAUAUUUUCCAAAGUGUACACAACUACAUUCCAAACCUUUAAUAUUUUGUAUUUUGUUUAAUUUCAUUUGUCUUAUUUGAUUAACUCAUGUUAUAUUUUAAAGACAUUUUUUUCUACGCUUGUUCGUGUAAGUAGAUUAUCAAAGAAAAUUUACGAUUAUAUGAUAAUAAAAAAGGUAUUAAAU